AUGAAUUUGGCGUUGAUCGGUCAUAAUAGUUGCGCCAAGGAUAUGUCUUAUUCAAUACAGAAUUUAGUAAUCACGAUGAAUGACUUUGGCGUGCGUAUGACUGACAGCGAAUUUACAUCGGAUGACGAUGUCAACUCUUUGUCUGAUGUUUGUAUGGAGAACUGUGUAAAUGAUGACAGUGAGCUUUCUAUUGAUCACCUUAAUUUGAACAAGGAGUGGCAAGAGAAAAUAAGUCAAAUAGGAAGUGAGUCUCUAUUAUGUGUACGUAGCCUUAUGGAUCCUAAUCCACCUGAAGAAUAA